AGAGAGCAAGCGCCGGCCAGCUCACCCCGCUGCCCUGUGCCCAGGCCGCCACUGCCGCGCUCUCGAGCCCAGCUCCAAGGCGGACCUCCUCGGGCACUGUGCCCCACUGCGCUGCGGCCCCAGGUCCCCGACCCGGUCCGCACCCCGGGCAGCGGGCCAGCGGGGCCAGGGGGCGCUCGGCACCUGGGCACUCCAAGCGAUGUGCAGCGGGGCAGCGUCGGCCCCGCCGAUGGAGCUGCUGCCUUCUCCCUGGCCCGGCGCGCCCCGCUCCUCCUGCGCCCCGUGCGCCUGAGCGCCGAGCUCGCUCCUCCUCCGCGCCAACUCCACCGCCUGCUCUCCAGGCCGUCCGUGCUCCCCCGCGUCUCCCCGGGCUCUACGCAUCUUGCCCCACGGAGGCAGCUUCCUCCGGGCGCGAGCCCCUGCACACCAUGGCCCCCGGGCGGACAGGGGCCGGCGCCACCGUGCGCGCCCGCCUGGCGCUGGCCUUGGCGCUGGCGAGUGUCCUGAGCGUGGCCCCCGCCGCCGCCUGCCCUACCAAGUGUACCUGCUCCGCCGCCAGCGUGGACUGCCACGGGCUGGGCCUCCGGGCGGUUCCUCGCGGCAUCCCCCGCAACGCCGAGCGCCUUGACCUGGACAGAAAUAAUAUCACCAGGAUCACCAAGAUGGACUUCGCUGGACUCAAGAACCUUCGAGUCUUGCAUCUGGAAGACAACCAGGUCAGCAUCAUCGAGAGAGGCGCCUUCCAGGAUCUGAAGCAGCUGGAGAGAUUACGUCUGAACAAGAAUAAGCUCCAAGUCCUUCCAGAAUUGCUUUUCCAGAGCACACCGAAGCUCACCAGACUAGAUCUGAGCGAGAACCAGAUCCUGGGCAUCCCGAGGAAGGCAUUCCGCGGCAUCGCCGACGUGAAGAACCUGCAACUGGACAACAACCACAUCAGCUGCAUUGAAGAUGGAGCCUUCCGAGCGCUGCGCGAUUUGGAGAUCCUCACCCUCAACAACAACAACAUCAGCCGCAUCCUGGUCACCAGCUUCAACCACAUGCCGAAGAUCCGAACCCUGCGCCUCCACUCCAACCACCUGCACUGCGACUGCCACUUGGCCUGGCUCUCGGAUUGGCUGCGGCAGCGGCGGACGGUUGGCCAGUUCACACUCUGCAUGGCGCCCGUGCACCUGAGGGGCUUCAACGUGGCAGACGUGCAGAAGAAGGAGUACGUGUGCCCAGGCCCCCACUCGGAGCCGCCAUCCUGCAAUGCCAACUCCAUCUCCUGCCCUUCGGCCUGCACCUGCAGCAACAACAUCGUGGACUGCAGGGGGAAGGGCUUGACGGAGAUCCCCGCCAACCUGCCGGAGGGCAUCGUCGAAAUACGCCUGGAGCAGAACUCCAUCAAGUCCAUCCCUGCCGGAGCCUUCACCCCGUACAAGAAGCUGAAGCGAAUAGACAUCAGCAAGAACCAGAUAUCGGACAUCGCUCCCGAUGCCUUCCAGGGUCUGAAAUCGCUCACGUCGCUGGUGCUCUACGGGAACAAGAUCACCGAGAUUGCCAAGGGGCUGUUUGACGGGCUGGUGUCCCUGCAGCUGCUCCUCCUCAAUGCCAACAAGAUCAACUGCCUGCGGGUGAACACGUUCCAGGACCUGCAGAACCUCAACCUCCUCUCCCUCUAUGACAACAAGCUGCAGACCAUCAGCAAGGGGCUCUUCGCCCCUCUGCAGGCCAUCCAGACGCUCCAUUUAGCCCAAAACCCGUUUGUGUGCGACUGCCAUCUGAAGUGGCUGGCGGACUACCUCCAGGACAACCCCAUCGAGACCAGCGGGGCGCGCUGCAGCAGCCCCAGGCGCCUGGCCAACAAGCGCAUCAGCCAGGUCAAGAGCAAGAAGUUCCGCUGCUCAGGUAAUCAGGAUUGGAGACAGAGAACCUCAAACGAGUGCUUCAUGGACCUCGUGUGCCCCGAGAAGUGUCGCUGCGAGGGCACCGUUGUGGACUGCUCCAACCAGAAGCUGGCCCGCAUCCCCAGCCACCUCCCCGAAUACGCCACCGAUCUGCGACUGAAUGACAACGAGAUAUCUGUCCUGGAGGCCACCGGUAUCUUCAAGAAGUUGCCCAACCUGCGGAAGAUAAACCUCAGUAACAACAAGAUCAAGGAGGUGCGAGAGGGCGCCUUUGACGGAGCAGCGGGCGUGCAGGAGCUGAUGCUGACAGGGAACCAGCUGGAGAUGGUGCACGGGCGCAUGUUCCGUGGCCUCAGUGGCCUCAAGACCUUGAUGCUGAGGAGCAACCUGAUCAGCUGUGUGAGCAAUGACACCUUCGCUGGGCUGAGCUCAGUGAGACUGCUGUCCCUCUAUGACAAUCGCAUCAGCACCAUCACCCCUGGAGCCUUCACCACGCUGGUCUCCCUGUCCACCAUAAACCUCCUGUCCAACCCCUUCAACUGCAACUGCCACCUGGCCUGGCUCGGCAAGUGGCUGAGGAAGAGGCGGGUCGUCAGCGGGAACCCCCGGUGCCAGAAGCCAUUCUUCCUCAAGGAGAUUCCCAUCCAGGAUGUGGCCAUCCAGGACUUCACCUGCGAAGGCAACGACGAGAGCAGCUGCCACCUGGGCCCUCGCUGCCCCGAGCAGUGCACCUGCGUGGAGACAGUGGUGCGGUGCAGCAACAGGGGGCUCCAUGCCCUCCCCAAAGGCAUCCCCAAGGACGUGACUGAGCUGUACCUGGAAGGCAACCACCUCACGGCCGUGCCCAGGGAGCUGUCCGCCCUCCGACACCUGACACUUAUUGACCUGAGCAACAACAGCAUUGGCGUGCUGACCAACUACACCUUCAGUAACAUGUCACACUUGUCCACCCUGAUCCUGAGCUACAACCGGCUGCGCUGCAUCCCCGUCCACGCCUUCCACGGGCUGCGGUCCCUGCGAGUGCUAACCCUGCACGGCAACGACAUCUCCAGCGUCCCUGAAGGCUCCUUCAACGACCUGCCAUCCCUGUCCCAUCUGGGCCAGAGCCCAGGGGAAGGGAGGUGUAACGGAGCCCGCUCAGGGGCCACCACCAACCGCCUGCGGUUCUGCUGUCCAGGGCCAGUGGACAUCAGCAUUGUGGCCAAGUGCAACGCCUGCCUCUCCAGCCCGUGCAGGAACAACGGGACGUGCAGCCAGGACCCCGUGGAGCUGUACCGCUGCGCCUGCCCCUACGGCUACAAGGGCAAAGACUGUGCCACGCCCAUAAACACCUGCAUCCAGAACCCCUGCCAGCACGGCGGCACCUGCCACCUGAGCGAGAGCCACAAGGACGGCUUCAGUUGCUCCUGCCCGCUGGGCUUUGAGGGGCAGCGAUGUGAGAUCAACCCAGACGAUUGUGAGGACAAUGACUGUGAGAACAACGCCACCUGUGUGGACGGGAUCAACAACUACGUGUGUGUCUGCCCGCCUAACUACACAGGUGAGCUGUGCGACGAGGUGAUGGACCACUGCGUGCCGGGGCUGAACCUCUGCCAGCACGAGGCCAAGUGCAUCUCGCUGGACAAAGGAUUCAGGUGUGAGUGUCUCCCCGGCUACAGCGGGAAGCUCUGCGAGGUGGACAAUGAUGACUGCGCGGCCCACAGGUGCCACCACGGGGCCCAGUGUGUGGACGCGGUCAAUGGCUACACGUGCCUCUGCCCCCAGGGCUUCAGUGGGCUCCUCUGCGAGCACCCGCCGCCCAUGGUCCUGCUGCAGACCAGCCCCUGCGACCAGUACGAGUGCCAGAAUGGGGCGCAGUGCAUCGUGGUGCAGCAGGAGCCCACCUGCCGCUGCCCCCCGGGCUUCGCCGGCCCGCGCUGCGAGAAGCUCAUCACAGUCAACUUCGUGGGCAAGGACUCCUACGUGGAACUGGCCUCCGCCAAGGUCCGGCCCCAAGCCAACAUCUCCCUGCAGGUGGCCACGGACAAGGACAACGGCAUCCUCCUCUACAAGGGAGACAACGACCCCCUGGCGCUGGAGCUGUACCAGGGCCACGUGCGGCUGGUCUACGACAGCCUGAGCUCCCCGCCGACCACCGUGUACAGCGUGGAGACGGUGAAUGACGGGCAGUUUCACAGCGUGGAGCUGGUGAUGCUGAACCAGACCCUGAACCUGGUGGUGGACAAAGGAGCCCCCAAGAGCCUGGGAAAGCUCCAGAAGCAGCCAGCAGUGGGCAUCAACAGCCCCCUCUACCUUGGAGGCAUCCCGACCUCCACGGGCCUCUCCGCCCUGCGCCAGGGGGCGGACCGGCCGCUGGGCGGCUUCCAUGGCUGCAUCCACGAGGUGCGCAUCAACAACGAGCUACAGGACUUCAAGGCGCUCCCGCCACAGUCCCUGGGGGUCUCGCCCGGCUGCAAGUCCUGCACGGUGUGCAAGCACGGCCUGUGCCGCGCAGUGGAGAAGGACAGUGUGGUCUGCGAGUGCCACCCCGGCUGGACCGGCCCGCUGUGCGACCAGGAGGCCCUGGACCCCUGCCUGGGCCACAGCUGCAACCAUGGCAAGUGUGUGAGGACCGGGCCCUCCUACGUGUGCCAGUGUGCCGAGGGCUACGGCGGGGCCUUGUGUGACCACAAAAACGACUCCGCCAGCGCCUGCUCAGCCUUCAAAUGCCACCAUGGGCAGUGCCACGUCUCAGACCGAGGGGAGCCCUACUGCCUGUGCCAGCCUGGCUUCGGAGGGGAGCACUGCGAACAAGAAAGCCCGUGCCUGGGGGAGGUCGUCCGAGAGGUGAUCCGCCGCCAGAAGGGUUACGCGUCGUGUGCCACAGCCUCCAAGGUGCCCGUGGUGGAGUGCCGCGGGGGCUGCGGGCCCCAGUGCUGCCUGCCCACCCGCAGCAAGCGGCGGAAAUACGCCUUCCAGUGCACGGACGGCUCCUCCUUCGUGGAGGAGGUGGAGAGACACUUAGAGUGCGGCUGCCGGCCCUGCGCCUAGUCCUCCGUCCGCCCCUCCGGCUCGGCCACGGGGGGCCUGGCGAGGAAAGAAGAAGAGAAUAUUAAGUAUAUUGUAAAAUAAACAAAAAAUAGAACUUAUUUUUAUUAUGGAAAGUGACUAUUUUCAUCUUUUAUUAUAUAAAUAUAUCACACCGUCCGCGUAUAUGUACCAUAUAGUGAGCUAUUGUGACUGAGUUGUCUCGUGUUGUGGAUUUGUCGUGUUUUUAUAAACAGCUGUUAAAAGUUUUAAGAGAAAAGACUAAUAAAAAUGUUUUAAAACUGAAGGAUAAGAAUAAAGAAGUGAAAGCCUGUGUGAGGAA